CUUUGCGUUGCUUGGAGAUGCGUCUUGGUCCUCCUGCACGUCGACAGUGGCCUCCACACGCCAGCUCAACUGGGUUUAUCCUUUGCAGAGACUGCUUUCUACUUGCGAGCUCGUGGAUGGGACCAGUUUGCACUAGCCUGUAUCCUGAGUCAAGUGUAUACGGCUGCCAUGGCCAUAACCUUGUGCGUGGUGCUGGAGUAUUACCUUCGUCAGCGCUUCGAGGCUCAAUUCAGGUCGUCCGAUGCAGAGUCAAUUACGUCAGGCUUCCGCCGCAUGCUACGGGGUAUCUGUGAUGGGGAGGUGUUGCUUGAUGGCAAUUGGAAGGUCCAAGGGAGCAAUUGUUUGAACCGCCUCCUGUCCACGCAAGACCAGCUGAGAGAAAAAGACUUCCAGGACUUGCUCAUGCAGGAGGAAGAUGAGCAGCGCCGAUUUAAGGACUUCAUGGCAAAUUCCACCGGUCAUGAGCAAGGCCUAUUAGACCUGGCUCCGGCUUGUAUGCGUGUGUCAUUAGUGGACAGUCACCAAGCGCGGAUCGGGGUGGACGUCUACCACGUAGCACUUCCGCACCUGUAUGGGUCGGAGGAGCCUUACCACCUCUUGGCGAUCAAGGAGGACAUGGAGCAGCUCCCUGAGGCUACUCCUUUGACCAAGCUGCAUCACAUGCCGAGCUCCACUCACUCCACGUCUCGUCGAAAGGCAUCAUCAAAGCCGGCUCGGUCGGUUCGGUCGGUUCGGUCGGCUCGUUCUUCACAGUCUGAGGGUGGUGGCUCACUGUUGCAAAGCCUGCCUCUGCUUGCUGGCAUGGUUCUGCUCCUUGACACAGCCUCGGAACAACAGGAUAUACGGCAAGUACACCUAAAGUACAAGCGUCAUUCGGAAAUGCCGAGCUUGAGGAAGUUCACUCGGCCUACCGAUUUCGAGACGCUGCGACGCCUUUUGUGUAGCUAUGACAGAGAAUUGAAAGAUCCAAAUUCCCGCCCGAGGCAUCUGCCCCCAGUGUGGAUUCGCAUGCUCGAGGAACAGAGCAGGUACAUGCUUGCUCGGCAAGCGACUCUUUCAACUACUGGGCAGGGCAAACACAGGAAACUGUGGCUGAGCUUGUCGGACUUCCGGUCCAACGAGCAAGAACCUGCACCAUCGGAGCUUCCAGAGAUAAGCGAAGGCGAGCCACUGGAUGAGGUGCCGUAG